UGUAGUCACCACAACCAGUCACACUUUUCUCCUCCCUCUAUCACCGUUCCACCGCCUCCUUCGUUCAUCUCUCAUUCCUUAUAAGUCCCAAGAGGAUAAGAUGCCAUGGAGGCCACAGGGAGAAUGGCACUUUACGUUUGCUCGCUUCUGGUCCUCCUAACAGAGAUCAGUGCAAAAUUCAUUAAUGUUCCUUCUUCAAUCCGCCAUGGCAUCGAGGGAAAAUCCCUACGCCUGCCUGUUGAGAUGUACUUCCAGCUGGACGAGGCAGAGAUCCAGGGAACGUGGUCCCACACCACGACGAGUGGCAUCAGGACCACGCUGGUGACAUUUACCAACCAGUCCUCCAUCACUGACAUGAUGUACCGCAACCACAUCUUUUUUAAAGAGCCAAAUAUGUCCUUGCUGAUACGGAGAUUAAACCAGCGUGAUGAGGGAGAUUAUCACCUCAACCUCAACAUAGAGUUUCUUAACAACUCAGGGCAGGUUUUCAAAGAAGAGAGGACAGUGCGUGUCACUGUGGAUGUUCCUGUGUCCACACCAGUUAUUGAGAAGAGCCCAUCUUUUGCAGUAGUUGAGGACAAGGCCAAUGUUACAUGGACAUGUACAGUGGAGAGAGGAACAAGGGUUGUUUUUCAGUGGUUCAGAGACAAUGUACUUGUGGGUCUCAGUGACAGAUAUCACUUUUCCAAAGACAAAUCCACGCUGCUGAUCAGUCCUGUGAAAAAGGAGGACAAGGGAAGCUACCGCUGUGUGGCUAGCAACCCCGUCAGCCAGGAGAGAUGCAGGAGGGCCGUGGAGCUCACUGUUUACUAUGGCCCGUACAACUUGGAGGUGAACUCCGACCAAGGCCUUCGCACAGGGGAGGUGUUCACCAUCAACCCUGGAGAACUGGUCUUCUUUGACUGCCAGGCCGAUUCCAACCCCGCCAACAGCUACGUGUGGAUCUCCAAGGGGCGCAACACGACGAUCACCGUGGGCCCGCGGUUGGAGGUUCUCUCCUAUAGACUGGCCCAGGCUGAGGACUACCUGUGCCGCGCCUUCAACAAUGUGACACAAAAGCAAGACGAGACCCAGUUUACCCUGGUGGUGGCCAGCCUGGGAACAGGAAAAGAGAAGCACACCCAAGAUUAUAAUGCUGUUUCUCCGCUGGCUGUUAUUACUGUGUGCUCUUUGCUCAUCAUCGGCGGCAUGCUACUUGUCUUUUUUAGGAAAGCCUGUCACCCAAAGAGAGUGCUCAUGAGAAUUUAUAACAGACCCAUCUCUGAUCAGAAACGACCGCAUCGAUCAGGCCAUGAGGAUGCAACUGAAGACUUUGGUAUCUAUGAAUUUGUCUCUGUACCUGGAAAAAUGGAAUCCGCACAGGCAUCAUGCAGAUCUCUGGCCCGCCUGGAGUCAGUUCAGGAUAUGCACACCACAAUCUACGAUGUGAUCAGACAUGUUCCUGAAACCCCUGGGCAGAGUUUGUUGAAGUGACUUUUAAGUCCUCAACUUUUAAAAAAAAAUUAAAAUAAAAAAGCCUCUUUUGUAUGUAUUUAGACUCUUGUCAAAGCCCAAGGCACUGCUUUUGGUGACUCAAUGUUUGCACAAGAGCAGAUGGAGACCUGCGCGAGUACACAAUGUUAUUGUACACUGUUGUGGUCCACAGUCUAAGACAGAUAAUUUAUUUCAUUAUGGUAAUUUUAUUGUAAUUAGAAUUUUUUUUAACCCAUUUAAGAUGAAGCAUUCUUCCAUGGAUUUUCUUACAUUUUCUUCAGGAAACCUGUGUACGAGGAAAAUUGCGGACAACGAAACAAUAUCCACAUUUAAUACCUUUUUCUUAAAUAAUAAAAAAUAAGUUAAGGUUGUUUCCAAAAGACUGUGAGUUUUCUCAGAUGAGCGUUUUUUUUUAAGUAGUUUUGUAAUUUAUGUUGAUGAAAAAGUGUGAUGAAAAACUGUAAAUACUGUACAUAGACUAUACUGAGAUUCAUUUAAAAUAUUCUAUUUCUGUUUCCUUCAGAUCUAUUGAUUCCUAUUUGAAAUCCUUAACCCUGUUUCUUUCAAUGUAACAUUUGUCUGCAUGGAUUACGAUGAAUGCUGAAUAAGGGAAAUGAUUGUUUUUUAAAUUAAAGUACAGUUUGAAUUUACAUCUUUGUUGUUUUUAUUUCAAAUAAAGAUGAAUAUUUGGCUUUUUUUUUUUUAAAUGAUUGAAUUAAUUGCAAAAUUCCAAUAGUAGAUGAGGCACUUUCAGUCUGACACAUUGAAAUCAAGAGGCAGCAAAGAUGUCACUUGUGAAAGACUUGCAAUCUCUGCAGACAAGUGUGCUUGGUUCUAGACGUGAUGCAUUGGUAUGCUGUGUACCUGCUGUGAUGGUGAGACACAGGUGGGAGCAGACAGAUGCUUCAGCAUGCUGAGCGGCUUCCACCUGCCUCCGCUGGCACUUUGUCAUGAGAAGAUGAAAAAUGAAGUGCUUGUUGGUGGUGUAUACAGUACAUGAGACAACCAGACAAAAAUACUUGAAGUCUAAGGUGGACUGUAAAAAUGAGCCUUAGCACCUAUCAUACUGUUAACAUUAGAGACCCACUGAAGUGGAUUCAGAGAUUUGUUUCUAAAUAUGUUAGAAGAUAAUUGCCGAAAAUGUGCAAAGACUGAGAACUAUGUACUAUGUAGUAUUUAAUUGCUGGGAUAUAGCGUUAAACAGUUUUCCACCAUUUUAGUUUUCCUGAUUUUUUUGGGCGUGGCCCAAUGAUGCAUUUCGGCAUCCGACAGGAGUCAGCACUCCGCCACUGUCCAUAAAGAACGAGCAAUUUUGUUCAUAUCAGCGGUUAUCUGGUGCAAUUGCGAUGUGCUGUUAGCUAGCUAGCUAUGCCUACAACCCGAAAAUGCGCCUUCCCUUUGGAUAGUCCGGUGACAUGGCCACUUUAGAGUACAUCGUUGUUGGCAUGUCACACAGAGAAAGGCAGAAUAGCGAGGAUGAGGGAAUUUUUUUUUUUAAUUUUUUAGUCUGACUUGACAGUCAGCAUGUGGGCUUCGGAAUGGCGUGGCCACUUUAAAGGGCCUCGUUGUCUUGGCAUUGAAAAACCCCAAGACGACCUGCUCAGAUAUGUUCCAGCUAUGGCAGGCUUUAAACUGAUCUAUUUUAGUGGCUUAAACAUGUACUUUAGAUAUGUGUAAGAAUUAGAAAGAUGCUAGACAAAGUACCAUCCAUUUUUCCAGGUUGCAGUACGUACUGGUAUUUGAUUGAUUGAUGAGCAGGGCGUUGUUUCAGCACAUUCAGCGUCCGUGAGCGUAGAGGUCAACUUGAUUUUUCACAAUGAUAUAGCCUCAUUUUAUAUACUUGGCGAUUUUUUUAAUCAUUCAAAUUUGGCAGGGUUAUUAACAACACUCUUUUCUUUAGUGUCAAAAUUUGAAGACUUAUUUAUUUUCGCUUUACAGGGACUUUAAAUUAAAAAGUUUACAGUAGUUCUCAAGAGUGGCUCUGCACAUUUACACCUAUGGACAAAUUAGAGGCGGCACAGUGGACGACUGGUUAGAGCGUCAGCCUCACAGUUCUGAGGACCCGGGUUCAAUCCCCGGCCCCGCCUGUGUGGAGUUUGCAUGUUCUCCCUGUGCCUGCGUGGGUUUUCUCCGGGCACUCCGGUUUCCUCCCACAUCCCAAAAACAUGCAUUAAUUGGAGACACUAAAUUGCCCGUAGGCAUGACUGUGAGUGCGAAUGGUUGUUUGUUUCAAUGUGCCCUGCGAUUGGCUGGCAACCAGUUCAGGGUGUACCCCGCCUCCUGGCCGAUGACAGCUGGGAUAGGCUCCAGCACGCCCGCGACCCUAGUGAGGAGAAGCGGCUCAGAAAAUGGAUGGAUGGAUGGACAAAUUAGAGUCUUCAUAACCUAAGAUGGAUGUUUUUGGAAUGUAGGAGGUAGCCAAAGUUGUUGUUGUUGUGACUUUCGACCAUUGGUCACUGCAGAUGCCCUUCCUGACACAACCCUCAAAUUUUUUAUUUGAGCUUUGGGUGGCUGGGAACUGGGACAUUUGCACGAAAGGCAGUUCCCGUAGAAAACCCAGGCAAGGGCAGGGAGCUCAUGAAAUUCCACAGGGGGAGGAUUUGAACACCGAACCUCAAAACUGCAGGCUGACGUGCUAACCACUACUUCUUUGUGCUGACAUAUUUAAUGACAGAAGAAAAAAAUCUGAAAUGACAAAUGAUAAAAAAAUUAUAAUCUCUAUGCUGUGAUAAAGCAUCACAUUCAUCUUGUAUUACAGAGUUAUCAAUACUGUUUUCACAAAAUCAUCAAUAUUGAGAUACAGCAUUUUAUUAAAUUCCUCUUUUACUGCUGUU